AUGGCGGCCCUCGCAAACGGCUCUAAGGUCCUUCCUGUCUUCGCGACAGGCAGCAAAGGUGCUCAGAAUGGCAGCCGUGUUACCCUGAGGUCCAGGAUGCUCUCAGGAACCCGAGCUUCGGUUUCUUCUCAGAGCACGUUCUUCAGCGGCCGCGAUUCAUGGCGGUUGCAGCAGGCUAUCGGUGCCACUGGCAGCAAAGGAGGAGCCUUGGCGGCCGAAAUGAAUAUCUUCGACCGUGUCUCUCGGAUCGUCAAGUCGUACACGAACGCGGCGUUGAGCUCGCUGGAGGACCCGGAGAAGAUGCUGGACCAGACGGUCGAGGACAUGCAGAACGACCUUAUCAAGCUGCGACAAGCCACCGCACAGGUGCUCGCCAGCACUAAGAUGCUGGAGAACAAGUACAAGGCCGCGCAGCAGAGCUCUGACGACUGGUAUGCGCGGGCGAAGCUGGCUCUGGCCAAAGGCGAGGAGGAGCUGGCGAAGGAGGCCCUCAAGCGGCGCAAGGAGUUCGAGGAGAACGCGAGGAGCCUCGAGUCGCAGCUGGAGCAGCAGCAGUCGACAGCAGACAAGCUCAUCGGCAACACUCGGCUGCUGGAGAGCAAGAUUUCUGAGGCAAGGGCGAAGAAGGACACUCUCAAGGCCCGCGCUCAGUCCGCAAAGACGCAGCAGAAGGUUAACGAGCUGGUGGGUGGCAUCAGCACUAGCAGCUCUCUGGCUGCAUUUGAGAAGAUGGAGGAGAAAGUGCUCGCUCUUGAGGCAGAGUCAGAGGCGGUGGGCCAGCUGACGUCAGAUGAUCUUUCCUCCAAGUUCGCCCUGCUGGAGAAGGGCUCAGUGGAUGAUGAUCUGGAGGCACUCAAGAUGGACAUGCUGCUGCCAGACAAGAAAUCCUCGUCGUCACUGCCAGCGGGACGGUCACAAAAGUCGCUCAAGGAGCUUGAGGUGGAAGCAGAGCUGAAUGAGCUCAGGAGGCGGGCAAGGGAACUUUAA